AUGGAUGAUAAUGGUGAUUUUUAUGAUGGUGACGGGACAAUGGAAUCUUUGCCAACAUCCCCAGAAGUCACCUAUAAUUGGGUUGACAUUACUUCAGAGUUCUUUAAGCACAUCCAAGAUUUACAAUUAGGAGAAUUACUCCAUGAUGGACAUUUAUUUGGAUUAUUUGAAGCAAUGUCAGCCAUUGAGAUGAUGGACCCAAAGAUGGAUGCAGGGAUGCUAUGUAAUAGGGGCAACCCUAAACCUUUGAACUUCCAACAAGCUGUUGCUUGUGGUAAACUAAAAAUAGAUGACUUAGAGCCAAGUGAGAUAAUUGGUAUCAUAGAUUCAACAAUGGCCUGCAUAGUUUCUUGGCUGGAGGGACAUUCUCUGGCUCAGACAGUAUUUACAAAUUUGUAUCUCCAUCAGCCACAUUCUAUUAUAAAUAAGACUUUAAAGGCAUAUUGUAUUGCAGUGUAUAAGUUAUUGGAUUGUAUCAGAGAUUGUAUCAAAAAAGCUCAAGUGUUUGAAGAAGAAGAUUUUCUGCCGAUGGGCUAUGGUUAUCGUCUCGGCUCAAAUCCACAAAUGGGCAAUAGUUAUGAUGCUAGUCUUGAAGUCAGUGAACAAAAGUGUAUUGCCUUGCUGAGGGAACAAGAAGAAGAAUUACCUAAAAAAGCUAUAAGCCACGAAGAUGAAGGUUAUGAUCUGUGGGCCGCGCUAGCAGUUAGAAUACGAUUUACAAGGAUGUUUUACCAAGCUCUCUUACUAAUAACCAAGAGAGACUCACAAUCUGGAGCAGACUGUGUCGCUCUAUUGGAUGGAUGUUCAGAAAUGAUGAAAGUUAUAGUAAAAACAAUUGGAAAAGGAACUCAACCUGGUGAAAACUCUGACACACCAAAUCCCAUGGGAUUCGAGCCCAUGAUUAACCAGCGCCUCCUGCCGCCUACGUUCCCGCGCUACACACGCAUCAAGCCUCGUGCAGAUGCAUUGCAGUACUUCGACGAGUUAGUGUCAAGGCUCAGACACGCUUGGAAGAUCACCUCGUGCACCAACUUUCACACUGCUUUGGACUUCUUCAUGGAGUUCAGCCGGUCCCGCGCCUGUAUCCUGUCCCGCUCGGCGCUGCAGCUGCUGUACCUGAGCCCGUCGCCCGCCAGCGCCGCCGCCGCGCCGCGACCCGCCGCCUUCCUCGACAUACUGCGUGACAGUGUCAAGAGCUUCGUCAACCCCCCCGCUAUUGGUGGGAAGGGUGGGCCUAAUCCACCGGCACGUGAAUUUGUGGAAAAUUUCCUACUGCGAUGUGUCCGUCCGUUCGCGGUGCUAGUGCAGGUGUGCGGACACAACCGCGCGCGGCAGCGGGACAAGCUCGCUUUACUGCUGGACGACUUCGCUGCCUUGCAAGAGGAGGCGGAGAGCGUGGACGCGCUGGUGAGCGGCGCGGGCGCGGGCGCGGGCGCGGGCGCGGGCGCGGGCGCGGCGGCGGGCGGGCGCGCGUGCUUCGGCACGUGGGUGCUGUACCACGUGCUGCGCGUCAUGAUCGCGUACCUGCUGUCCGGCCUCGAGCUCGAGCUGUACAGCGUGCACGAGUACCAUUAUAUAUUCUGGUAUCUAUACGAGUUCCUGUACGGCUGGUUGGUGUCGGCGCUGUCCCGCGCGGAGGGGCUGGCGGGCGAGCGCAGGGCGGACAAGAAGAGCUGCGCGAGGAAGAAGAGACGCAGCCGCCCGUACGCGCGCGAGGGGCUCAUGUGCCAGGUCAUGCAGAACAUGUGCGGUGGAUACUUUAAGGCACUAGUGGCAUUCAAGUUGCAAGGCAAGAUCCGUCAGCCUCAAUCGGAGUUCGACAACGAGGCGGUGCGAUACAAACAUAGAUUUGCGCCGCUGUCAGUGCUCACUCCCCCGCAGGUCCACUACCACGAGUUCUGCGAAAUGACUCAACCGUUACAAUAUGAAAACCCAGUAAUUCUAUACGUGGCCGGCUGCAAACACUUCCAGCAAGCGCGUACGUUGUUAGAAACUAUCACUAUACCAGAUCAAGAGGUGUCGGAUCUCCUUAAAGUAGCCAAAACUAAUUUCGUAGUUCUAAAACUAUUAGCAGGCGGUCAUAAGAAGGACUCCACGACGCCACCAGAGUUUGACUUCUCCGUACAUAGACACUUUCCUAUUAUAAAGCUAGUC